ACCUCCAAACUGUUCGCAGGAGAAUCCGUAUAGUAUGCGUAAGCGCGACGGUCAAAUUAAAGUUUCCAGAUUCAUGUGGGGCCGAGUAGUCUUACUAACGCGGUAUACGGCCUACGAUGCUCGAUAGGGGGCUUGGGUCCGGUCCGAAUGGUCGUUCUUUCUCGACAUCGCAAUUACCGGAUCGUCCGGAACACGCUGUAGCACAGUAGAAAUAGAGAAAGACUUGGAUCAGAAGCACUGAGCUGGCGAAUAGCCUAAAUGAUGCUGGAGACGAUGCCAAUGCCCCUGAUCAUCAAACCAUGAUAUGCACCGACUACAAAUAGAACCUUGUUCACCUUCCACAGCCUUGCCUGGCGGCAGUCCUCUCUAUAAACAUCCAACGGCUCUCCUUCUUUGCAAGCACUUUGUAGUGUAACGUCAUCGACAAAAUGUUUACUAAACUCGCCGUAUCUUUUCUUGCCAUGCAAAUGCUAGCAUCGGCAACGCCAAACCAACAACGGAGAGCCAACGACGUUGACAUUACGAGCCUAGACAAAAACGUCACAUCAACCAGCGGAGUCGGCAAUGUCGCAGCUGCGGGUAGUCUUACACCAUUUGGCGACAUCGGCGUAGGCUGCGGCAUUAACUGGCAAGCCGGCGUAUCAUACGGAGGCGGGCUUACAGCAGGGUCCAGUGACUUCGGUCUAGGCGGUGGCUUCAACAUAACCCCCGAAGUCCUCACAGUAGGGGCUGGUCUUGGCUUGAACUCGGCGAACGUUUCUGCCAACAUACAAUUCACGGGGGCGAAGAACGGCAGUGUUGAGCUGGUUUUCGAAAGCAGUGCACCAAUUGUAUGCACGCCGGGAUUCAAAGAUGGGAAGUCGACUGUGUCGUGCACCACGGUGUAAUGCCUUCGAAGGUUCCACUUCGAUUGUAUUCACCCUGGGAAACAAGGACGGAUUAUUAGUCGUGUCUCGUAAGACGGUGUGGUGUCUUCUGUGUAGUUCAGAGGCGUCAGAGUUUGGAAGAGGAAAGAGAUGGACAGUGCGAUGAGCGGAUCUCGUCUUGCCCGCAUUCUCCAUGUUUCGUUGCACUACAGAGGAUCCGACUACAUCCUAGAGGCUUGAACUCUAGACGUACUCACU